AUGAUUGUUUCUGAUGUUGUGAUCAAGAAUAUGCCAUCUCCUGGUAUGCUAGUUACGAUAGUUAAAACUGAUGCUGUUGUUGAUAUAUCUGCUGUUGUGAUGAUUAUUUGUGCACUUGGUGUUGUGAUUAUGAAGAAUGUAACGAUCCUAGUUAUGGUGGCACAGUAUGUGAAGGCUGCAAAAAGUAUAAUUAUAAGUGUCGCAGAUAUCACGGAUAUUUUGACUUCUUCCAGAUAUGAUGGGUGGUGUAUUCUCCGAUACUUCAAUUCUUUCCUGGGUAAUAUUAUUGAUAUUAUUGAAGAUACACAGCAAGUUAUCAAAAUAAUCGCUGUCCUCAAAAUGAUGUCUGCUGUUACCACCAAUAUGACUUCUUUGUUAGUAUCCCUAUUAUGA